UUACCCAGCACCCCCCUUGCGGAAGUAAGGCAAAGUUCACCCUGAUAGCUGUUAACACUCUAGUCGUUGCCCUGCUGUCUUCGCGUACUACCAGCACAGUUUUGAAUCUGGACACAAAGUUAAAAUCCAGAACUACUUCAUCAUGUCUGUGCCUUUGGUUUUCGACGGGAAAGUUGUUAUUGUCACUGGGGCCGGUGGAGGACUUGGGAGAGAAUAUGCAUUGGCUUUUGGUGAGAGGGGUGCCUCAGUAGUUGUUAAUGACCUUGGAGGAGAUAUUAAAGGGGGAGGGAAGAGCUCUGAUGCUGCUGAUAAAGUCGUGGAAGAGAUAAAAGCCAAGGGAGGCAAAGCAGUGGCUAACUAUGAUUCUGUAGAAGAUGGAGAGAAAUUGAUCCAGACUGCCCUGGAUGCUUUUGGGCGAAUAGAUAUUGUUGUUAAUAAUGCUGGGAUACUUCGGGAUCGUUCCUUUGGCAGAACGAGUGAUUUGGAUUGGGACCUCAUCCAUAGAGUCCACCUGAGAGGGUCCUUCAUGGUCACUAGAGCUGCCUGGAACCACAUGAAGAACCAGAAGUUUGGGAGGAUCAUCAUGACUUCAUCGGCUGCUGGCAUCUACGGCAAUUUUGGGCAGGCAAACUACAGCGCGGCGAAGCUGGGUCUGCUGGGAUUGGCCAACACCCUAGCCAUCGAGGGCCAAAAGUACAACAUCCACUGCAACACCAUCGCACCGACCGCAGGCUCGCGCCUCACAGAGACUGUUAUGCCCCCAGAUCUGUUGGAGUCCUUGAAAGCAGAAUAUGUGGCGCCCCUAGUUCUGUGGCUGUCUCAUGACCAGUGUCAGGAAAAUGGAGGCCUGUUCGAGGUUGGUGCUGGCUGGAUUGGAAAAUUGCGCUGGGAGCGUUCACAGGGCUGCAUUGUGAGGAACAAGAACCAGGGCAUGUCUCCUGAGACUGUACGAGACCAGUGGGACAACAUCUGUGACUUCACCAAUGCCACCAAACCUGCCAACAUCAAUGAGUCCUUGGCCACAUUGGUGGAGGUGCUGUCAAGAGUGGAGACUGAGGGACUUGCCCCCAACCCCACCAGCGCUAUGGCCACGGCUGCAUCUGGGAUCAGUCCUCUGGAGGCGGUGGGACAGAAGCUUCCGGAGUCGACCUUCAGCUACUCCCACACUCAGUGCAUCCUGUACGCCCUGGGAGUGGGCAUGUCCACCAAGGAUGACCACCACCUCAAGUUCCUGUACGAGGGCCACGAGGACUUUAGCUGUCUGCCCACCUUCGGGGUCAUCCCCUCCCAGGCGGCCAUGAUGGACGGAGGGCUAGGUUCCGUGCCUGGACUCAAUUUUGACUUCACCAGGUUGUUGCACGGAGAGCAGUAUCUGGAGCUUUUCAAACCAUUACCCACCUCCGGAACACUGACGUCUCAGGCUAGAAUCGCAGAUGUGUUAGACAAAGGAUCUGGCGCAGUCAUUCUCCUGGAUGUCCACACGUACAGUGGUAAAGAGCUGGUGUGUUACAACCAGUACUCUCUGUUCAUCGUGGGGGCUGGUGGCUUUGGAGGAAAGAGAACAUCUGAUAAAGCCAUGAGCACAGUGGCGCAUCCAAAUAGAGCUCCUGAUGCUGUGAUGACUGACACCACAACAAGGGACCAGGCUGCCUUGUAUCGUCUGAGUGGCGACUGGAACCCCCUCCACAUAGACCCCAGCUUUGCAGCAAUGGGAGGAUUCAAAUCCCCUAUUCUGCAUGGCCUGUGCUCCUUUGGGUUUGCGGCUAGGCAUGUGCUGAAGCAGUAUGCCAACAACGAUGCCUCCAGAUUCAAGUCCAUCAAGGUUCGCUUUGUAAAGCCAGUGCUACCAGGCCAGUCCCUACAGACUGAGAUGUGGAAAGAAGGAAACCGAAUUCACAUUCAAUGCCAAGUCAAAGAGAGCGGUGCUGUGGUUUUGUCAGGUGCCUAUGUGGACUUGCAUGCUGCUGCAGAUGGCUCCCCACAAAUUCUUCCUGAGGCAGGGGGACUCAAGAGUGAGCUGGUGUUUGCUGAGAUCGGCCGUCGCAUUAAAGACCUAGGGGCUGAGAUGGUGAAGAAGGUCAAUGCAGUGUUUGGCUGGGAGAUCACCAAGGGGGGAAACACUGCAGCCCAGUGGACCAUUGAUUUGAAAACUGGAGCUGGCGCCUUACACAAGGGCCCGUACAGUGGCAAAACCGACGUGACCAUCACUGUAUCUGAUGAUGACUUCAUGGAAGUAGUGCAGGGAAAACUCAACCCUCAGAAGGCGUUCUUUGCAGGCAAGCUGAAAGUGCGAGGGAAUGUCAUGCUGAGCCAGAAGCUGGAGGUGAUCCUCAAAGACUAUGCUAAACUGUGAGGUUGAGCCACAGGAGAGCCACUCAAUCAGUUAUCUAACUUGUUUGUUUCACCUGAGGUAGCAGCAUUAAUUGCCAAUGUGCAUAAAGAUGGCAGAACUCACGUCAUUGUUAUAAUACGCCAAUAAAUCAGCACAAUGUUCUUUUCUUUGGUUUUUCAAAUUGCACCUCUAUUGUUGCACUAAUUUCAAUGCAUCAUAUGUGGUGAAAUAACCUAAAUGCGAGUUAAAAUGAUCAUUUGUCCAGUGAUUUAACGCUAUUUCAACUAAUAGAUGUGUUACCUGGGGCUGCGAUCAUGAUUUGUACUUUGACGCUGAUGAAAUGUAUAGCGACGUUUAAGAUAGCACUUAUGUGGAAUUCUGAAUGUCAGUCAGAUGAUGGGUGCAUGGGGCCAAUAAAUUACUGCUGCAGAAGGUGUGAAACUGUACAUGAACAAUAUACUAGUGUCAACUGGGGAUGCUUGCUGUAUUCCAGGGCAAUGAAAAGGCUAGCAGAACCUGUCUACAUCUUUUCACUAAAAUGUCAUUUGUGCUCCCAGAUAAGGCAUUGUUUUUUUUCUCCAAGUGACCUGACUUCCCUAAAAUCCAAUGUAACCUACAUUAAUGUAAUAAAACUGUACCCAUAGUGUUGGCUUGGUGCAACAUGCUACACUCAUUUCUAAUAAAUCUAAUGCACUUUCA